GGAGCAUGAUGGGUAAUGUACAAUGUCAGAGGACAGCGUGGGACGAGUGAUGUACAUGUGUGACAGGUUACAUGGAGUUAAUAAUUCAGCGUUUAUCAUCUUGAGGAAACAUCAUCAUGCUGCAGAUAGUUGCUAAAUUAUCACUGCGUUCUUUGGCUUCAGGAUGUCCCUUACAAGUCCAGGCUGCAUGCAGACAGAUUUCAGUCAUUCACCAUCGGACUCAUUUAAAGCAAUGGCUGGUAUUAAGCCAGCAGGCAUCGCAUUUAAAGACUAGAAAUUAUUCUGAGAAUACGAAAGACUGCAAUGAACAAUCAGAGGACGAUGCAACUUUUGGGACAUUGUCAGAAAGGUUUACUGCAAGAACAUCAUUUAGAAAAUCCUCCUCGGACAUUCAGAACAUGCAGUAUGAGGAGGAUAAAGAAGAGAAGAGAGAGACGCCCAGCAUUCAGAAGUACAGAAGUAGUAGUAGUAACACCACAUACUGGUACUUCUUAAGGUGCAAGUCCAAAAUAAAAGAAGGCAAGUUGGCAGAAGCCCUGGAGCUCUUUGAAGUAACCAUGUUACAAGAGGAGCGCUUGCAGCCUGAAGAAUAUAACUACACUAUACUUAUUGGAGCAUGUGGGAGAGUUGGAUAUGUUAAAAAAGCCUUUCAGUUGUAUUCAGAGAUGAAGAAGAGAGGUCUUAUACCCACUGAUGCCACCUAUACAGCUCUUUUUAAUGCAUGCUCUGAAUCACCAUGGAAGGAGUCUGGUCUACAAUACGCUGUCAAACUGCGCAAAGAACUAAUGGAUAAAAAUAUUCAGCUUAAUCCAAUCACAUAUCGGAGUUUACUGAAAGCCUACUCAUUGUGCUCUGGAUUGCAAAGUAGCUUGGACAUUUUUCAGGAAAUUGUACAGAAAUGUAAACUUACCAGUCCUGAAGCUUUUAAUAUCCUCUUUAUGGCCUGUUUAAAGGAUAAACAGCUGGGGUUCCGUUUUUCUUUACAGGUAUGGAGACAGAUGCUGUGCUUGGGUAUAAAGCCAGAUAUUAUCACCUAUAACUUGAUUCUUCGUGCAACCAGAGACUGUGGCAUUGGAGAUCCUAACGAAGUGUUAAAUAUACUGCAAAAUUCCCAGGAUCUGAAUGUGUUGAGGUUAAGUGCAGGCAAAGCUCAAGAAGACAAGGAAACCAGAAGAAGCAAAAGAAAAGAAAAAGCUAAUGAAGGUGUUUUACAUGAGCAGCUUCCUCUGCACUAUGAUUCCAUGAAUCAUCAGAGUUCUACAACAGACUUGUCAUCUCCAGGGGGUCAGAAGGACAUGGAAAACACAUCUCAGGUUGUGAAUAUACCCUCCUAUGCUGCCGCUAAUGUGCCCAAUCUUCUAGAUCUACACCUCAAUACUGAUUCAGUGCUAUCACUGACAAAUGUCACUACCCCCUAUGAUAGAUUUGCCUUGAUUGGUGACCUGGAGGGAAUUCUUCAGAAGAUGAAAAAAGACAAGGUCUACCCAUCAAUAAAAACAUUCACACUUAUAGCUGAAGUAAUGAAACCGGACCCAAAGUCAGACGCCGAAACACUUCUUACCCUUAUGGACUCGUUCAAGAUAAAACCUGAUUUAACGUUUUUUAACACGUUAAUAUUAAAGAGAAGUGAAACUAUGGACUUAAAAUCAGCAAUGGAAUUGUUGCCAGUUUUAGCACAAAGAGGAAUUGCACCAAACAUCCACACGUUCUGCAAUCUGGCAAAGGCCUGUCAUAAGAAAGUAGAUGGGCUACAGCUGCUUGAAGACAUGGCGACUGCUGGUUUCCAACCCAAUACCCAUGUAUACAGCACCUUGAUCAAUGUCGCCAUAAAGAGAUUAGAUUACAUCUACCUAACUGAUAUCUUGCGGGACAUGAGGAGGAGGAAUGUGGCCCCUAAUGAAGUUGUGAUACGCCAGCUGGAAUUUGCAGCCCAGUAUCCACCCAAGCUUGACAAAUACCAGAAAAAGAAUGUGUUCUUAGAGAAGGUUGAUGGCUUCCGUGGUUACUACAACCGUUGGCUGGAUUGGAUGGAUGCAGAAGAAACUGAACACCCUUGGAAGAAGUAUCGGACUAAACCAGAAAAUGACAAACAUCACUGAAAAUACCCAACUACUAACA